AUGAACAAACUCUCCAGAGACGAUGCGCUCGAAGACUCGACCGACUGGCUCGAUACGCCCCUACGCUCCCUCGCUGCCGUCGACUCAGCCUUGCGCUGCCAGGUCUGCAAGGACUUCUACCAAACGCCUAUGAUCACUUCCUGCAUGCACACUUUCUGCUCACUAUGUAUACGGCGCUGCCUCAGUAACGACGGGAAAUGUCCAGCGUGCCGGACGACGGACCAGGAGCUUAAGCUGCGGAAUAAUAAUGCGAUGGAGGACCUGGUGGAGGCUUUCAAGAAGGCGAGGCCAGACGUGCUAGAGUUUGCUAGAAAACCGGCCACUAUGGAGAGGAGCUCUUCGCCAAAGAGGAGUAGAGAGGUUGCGGAGUUGGGCUACGAGGACGAGACGCCGAAGAAGAGGACGAGGUCUUCGAGAAGGACUGCCGGGAGGAAGAUACAUGCUACAAUUAUCAAUGAUACAGAUGAAGAGGAUGGGGAUUAUGUUCCUGACCAAGGCUUCGUUCUCUGCCCCAUAUGCCAGAAAGAAGUCAAAGAGGCGUCCAUCAACUCCCAUAUCGACCGGGGCUGCAUGGACGAGCCUCGAAGACCCGUCUCUAGCAGUAAUUCCAGAAAAGGCCCUGCGCAAAAUCCAUUCUCAGUAUCCGACGGGCCUGUCAAACGUCCGGAACGAUUAGCACAAAUCAACUUUUCCAUGAUGAAGGAAACUGCCUUACGAAAGAAGCUGGUAGAUGCUGGAAUAAAUGCUAGUGGCAACAAACCGUUAUUGGAGAGGCGAUACACGGAGUGGGUCACAUUAUGGAAUGCAGACUGCGACGCUACAAAACCCAGAGGAAAGUUCGCACUGAAGAGAGAUCUGGAGACGUGGGAAAGGACACAGGGGGGAAGGGCACAUGCGCCGAAUUUUACGCAGAGUUCAGGAGCACAGAUUAAGGAUAAAGAGUUCGAUGGGAAGGCGUAUUCGAGUGCUAAUAAGGACGCCUUUACGGAUUUAAUAGCGAAUGCGAGGAAAGGAUCCGUGAAGCAUCCCACGGCUGAAGGGUCUAGCUUUAGAGAUAGCACGCCUGUAGCGCCGGAAUGUCCUGUUGGUCAGACGGACACUGAAAUGGCGGAACGUGGAAGGGAAGAAAGUGAAGAGGUAACACCUGUGAAGCCGAUCGGAUCACAGCAGCGGCUGUUCUCCGAAGAGAGUAGUCAAACGGCCCGCUCGUCUCCAAAGCCGUCGUCACAAAUUCGGUCAACACAAAAGCCAUCUUCUCAAAAAUCACCAUCACAAUACACUGCCAGCGUUCAGCCUAUCGAUGCUUCAUAA